AUGUUGCUACAGUCCAUUCUUCUUUCCUCAACUCCCCAGGUGAUAUUAUUUUUGGGCCUCGUGGCCGUUGUUGCGGGAGAUGGCAGCGGGCACAACCACGCGCACGCACCGCAGUCCCUGCCAGCACAGUCAUCGUACGCGGCGCCCAUCGCACAACAGCCACAGCCCAUCACCAACUCCUACUCAGCCCCGUCUGCUCCAGUCAGCCAAUACAAUGCACCCUCUCCAUCAGUGUCAAUCCAGUCGAGCUUCGUGAAUCCAGCUCCUGAAGUCGGUUACGCCGCCCCGGCUGCUGCGCAACCCGCCCCCGAAAUAAUUGCAAACGCACCUGUAUCGAAUUACGGUGCACCGGCACAGGCAGCGCCGGCGCAAGUUUCCAGCAGUUAUGGGGCACCAGAGGCACUUGCUCCUGCACCAGCGCCGAUUUCGAGUUACUCCGCACCUGAGACUGCUCCUGCACCAGCUCUGAUUUCGAGUUACUCUGCACCAGAAACUGCUCCUGGGGCUUACGCUGCAGCUGCUCCCGCUCCUGCUCCAGCACCAGCCCCAGCACCGGUUUCGAGCUACUCAGCACCCUCAACUGCCGCCGGUCCAUACGAUGCCGCUUCCAUAGCUCCGGCACCACAGUUGCCAGUUUCCACCUAUUCGGCACCUGCGACUGCUUCGGGUCCGUAUGAAGCAGCUGCUCCUGCUCCUGCUCCAGUGUCGAGCUAUGGAGCUCCUGCUGCUGCUCCAGUUUCGACCUACGGAGCUCCUGCUGUUGCUGCUCCAGCUCCGGCUCUUGAAGCUGCUCCAGUAUCAAGCUACUCAGCCCCGGCUACAGCUUCUGGACCGUACGACAACGCUGCACCUGCUCCUGCUCCGGCUCCAGUUUCGAGUUACUCUGCUCCAGCAACAGCCUCAGGCCCAUACGAGUCUGCAGCUCCAGCUGCUCCAGUGUCAAGCUACGGUGCCCCAGCUGCUCCUGCUCUUGCGCCUGCCCCAGAUUCGAGCUAUGGCGCCCCAGCUGCUCCUGCUCUUGCGCCUGCCCCAGAGUCGAGCUAUGGUGCCCCAGCUGCUCCUGCUCUUGCGCCUGCUCCAGUGUCCAGCUAUGAUGCUCCGGCUGCUCCCGCGCCUGCCCCCGUGUCAAGUUACUCUGCUCCAGCGACUGCUGCAGGACCAUACGAAGCUGCUGCUGCUCCUGUUGCACUGGCGGAUCCUGCACCUGUGUCCAGCUACUCUGCUCCGGCGACGUCGGCUGGGCCUUAUGAGGCUUCUGCUGCUGCUGCUCCUGCUCCGGUCGACUCCAGCUACUCUGCCCCUGCUACUGCUCCAGGUCCUUAUGGCGGCGCUUCCUCGGCAGCAGGAGGCUCCUACGCGACCACUCGCGUCAUCCCCGGAGUGCCAACCACUACUGGCUACGAAACCGCUUACUACGCACCAUACUACAUCACCAGCUACGCCCCGGCGCCAGUCUCCUCCUAUGGUGCACCCGCAGCGCCCGCCCCUGCCACCUCCUAUGGCGCACCCGUGCCGGCGCCGUCGGGCAGCUACGCAGUCCCAGCCACGGCCCCGGGCCCAUACCAGCAGCAACCCGCGAACGUUGCUGUGCCGCAGACAAGCUACGGGUUGCCGGUUGUUAGCCAACAGAGCGUGGUGCCGAUUGUCAAGUCAGGAGUGGCUUCUGUGAGGAGUUGGUUGAGGCAGACAGCGUUGCAAGGAGGUGGUAUCAUCACCGAGCAUCAGGUCAACAAUGGCUAUGGCAGUUAUGGUGCCAAGACUGAGACCACUGAGGAGUGGCAGGAUUCUAAGCCUGAUUACCAUUAUGGCUAUGAGAUCAAGGGCGACUACGGCCACGCCGACUCUUCAGCGCAAGAAUGGCGCAAUGGCGGCAAAACAUCCGGCAGAUAUUCCGUUAAACAACCCGACGGCAAGACAAGAAUCGUCGAAUACACGGUCGAUGACUGGGGCUUCAAGCCAACCGUGACCUACGUUUGAGUUAACAGGUCGGAAGGAUCCUCUCCGAAAAGGCAUUGAAUCCGUUGGCUGUCUUUUAGAACAAGAAACAUGGAUUUGAAUUGAUUUAUUGUUGAUUUUAUGUGCUGUUGUUUUGUCCGUUCACUAUUUGAGUUCAUGCUUGGAAACUGAGCAAGUUUUCGCUGAUUUUCGCUAAGAAAUGAAGAACUCUUGCGUUCGUUUGGCUUGUGAA